AUGGAGCGGCCCCAGUGCGGUGCCCGGGAGCGCAGCGGCCGGCCUCACCCGGCCCUGUCGCCGGCCUUGCCGAUCCCUCCCGGGAUCCCCGUGCCCCCAACUUUCCUGCGGCCCCCCGGCCUCUUCCUGCGGGCGGCCGCCGUCUCGGCGGGCGGUGGGAGCGGGGGCUGCCCGCCGGCUCCCGGGCUGGAGCGGGGCGCGGGCGCGGGGGGCUGCGGCUAUCCGCGGACGCCCAAGUGUGCCCGCUGUCGCAACCACGGCGUGGUGUCGGCGCUCAAGGGCCACAAGCGCUUCUGCCGCUGGCGGGACUGUGCGUGCGCCAAGUGCACCCUGAUCGCCGAGCGCCAGCGCGUCAUGGCCGCCCAGGUGGCGCUGCGCCGGCAGCAGGCCCAGGAGGAGAGCGAGGCCCGGGGGCUGCAGAGGCUGCUCUACCCCGCACCCUCGGCGCAGGUCCCCGGGGGUCGGGCUGCGGGGGCUGGCCCGAGCAGCGGCGGCAGCGGGACGGAGAGUCCCCAGGCCGCCGCCGAAGGCCCGACGGCGCCGGUGACGGCACGCGCGCUGAGCGCCCUGAGGCGCGCCGGGGGUCCGGCCACCCCAGCUUUCGAACUUUUCCUGCCCGACGUGACGGGCGGGAAACCAGAGCAAAAAGAGAGUAAAUGUGACACAUGCCAGAGUGGUCAAGAAGAACUGAUCUCCAAAUCUCAUCAAUUCACCCUGGGAUCAUUGCCUAAGUCUAAGGAUGUCAUUGGAAAACAAAAUGUCAGGUCAACUCUUCCAGAAAACUCAUACAAGGAUGAUAGUGUUCUGUCACCACAUCCCAGGGAACAAUCAGGAGGUGAAGAAAGUCCCAGAUCCUUAUCCUCCUCUGAUCUGGAAUCUGGAAAUGAAAGUGAGUGGGCCAAAGAUUUCGCUGCAACCAGAGACAGCCUUCCCACAGCAACUUCAAAAUCAAGAGACCCUCUUGACAUUUUGACCAAGAUUUUCCCAAGUUACAGGCGCAGCCGACUAGAAGGUAUUCUGCAGUUCUGCAAAGGGGAUGUGGUUCAAGCCAUUGAACAGGUUUUAAAUGGGAAAGAACACAAACCAAGCACCAGGGACCUAGCAAGCUCAAGAGAAUUGGAAAGUACACCUUUUCAGAGAGCUUCAAAUUUUAGUUUCACUGGAAUUGGUUUUGGAACACUAGGGAAUAAAUCAGCUUUUUCCCCUCUUCAGACCACUUCUGCUUCUUAUGGAGGUGAAUCAAAUCUCUACAGCUUAAAUCCUAGACUAGGAAUCAGUCCAUUGCAGCUGGCAUAUUCUUCUUCAGGAAGAGGACUAUCUAGUUUUAUGUCUCCUUACCUAACUCCUGGAUUGGUACCAGGCUUGCCUUUCCGACCAUCAUUGGAUUAUGCCUUUUCAGGGAUGAUCAGGGAAUCUUCUUACCUUCCCAGUAAAGACACAGUAACUGGUGGUAGAUUGUAUUCCAGGCCAACUGAGGACAAUCUGUAA